AUGGACUGGUCCCAAGACAGCUCCCUAUAUGAUACCAGAGCGCCGAGAAAUGUCUUCAAGUACAGCGAAAUGGCCACAACAAUAGUGCGGCUGUCUCCCGACUCCGAGAAACCUGUGAUAUGGACCAUGGAAAACAUGGAAGACUGGAAUGAGUGGUUUGAGACGGAAUAUCCGGCCCUCGAUGGGUCUGAAUCUGGACUCGUUCUGAUUUUAGCUAGACGGAAUGGGGAGCGUGACUUUCCACCGGUCCGCCAAGUUAGAUCGGAUGAAUGGCUCGAGAGAAUAAAGCGUCACGAAACCGACCAGCCACGAGAGCUACCAACCUCCUCCAACAAGAACGGCCAACGCACAUUGCGGAUAUUACCGUUCUCCCAAGAUUCAUUCCAUACCAUCGUCAAGAAGUUCUACGUCCAUAGCAUGAUAGCUCGUGCUAUCAGCAGAGCCGAUAUACCGACUUUUUCGGCGGCAGAGGUUGAGAUGGGCCCCGAAAAUGAACAGACGUACCCUGCUUUCGUGUAUAAUUGCCGGACUUCGAAUGCUUGGGAAGGUGACCUGGCCUUGACGGCUACAUAUUUCCCCCAUUGUAAACUUACAUUUGCCAUCAUGUUUGGUUGCCCAAUCUCAACAGAGAAGCAAGUGCUACAGCGUCUUGGCAAAGUGGAAAUUGAAGCUGAUCAUCCACUAUUGAUGCCCGGUAUUCUUGUGGAACUAGAGAGACAAAGGCAUGUUUGCCUGGUUGACGAUACGGUCAACGAGCUGGAAACACAAAUUCUCGAGAUAGAUACGUUUUCCGAAGAUCUGGAACUCAUGUCUACUGAGGAACAGGCAAGACGAAAACAAGCAAAAAGGGCCGCAUGGCUGGACACGACGUAUCUCCGCAACCAGUUGAGCAACUGGAUUGUCAACCUGGAAAAGCUUCAGGAUCAUGCAGAUGAGCUGAACCACACCAUUUUUAAGUUGCCGAAAGGGCCGCCAUCAGCUGUGGCUGCGCUCAUGACAAGGUACAGAGGCCCUCAAGAGCCUUCUGAGGUAUUCUACGAUUGCUGCUCUCGGACACCUAGACUUCUCUCUUACGAUGAACCUACAGAAGGGAUAGAUUUAAAUGGGGAUGGCGAGAAAGGCAAAGCCUAUUCGUUCUAUCCAUUGGAAAAGGAAUUUUGCGAACCCUCACAACCACAGCAGCCACUUGAAGCGGAUCAAGUACAAGAAGCGAUGGAAAGAGCAGGAAACAGGAUUAAAAGCCGUCUGCGGGAUAUCAUCGACGAGUACCACGAAAAGGUACGGGAUUGCACAAUGAGAGUUGACGGCAUGGCAAUGGCGACACAAUGGGCACAAGGAGAAACCAAUCUGGAAAUCGCAAUAGCUGCCAGCCGCGAUUCACGUCACAUGCGCUCUAUUGCUGUCAUUACGAUGAUAUUUUUGCCAGGAACCUUUUUUGCGAGUAUAUUCUCAAUGGGACUUUUUGACUGGGGCGCCGCCGGGCAUGGCGAAGUUGUGUCAGGGUACUUCUGGAUCUAUGUGGUCUUGGCUACUUCCUUCACAUUCGUUACUCUGAGCACUUGGUGGUAUAUAGGGGUAUAUCGUCACUCUAGACGCAAGGAAAACUCCCAGGGAAGCAAGUGGCUCUGUCGUGUGAAGGCCCGGAUCUUGAGUCUAAAUAGAAAGGCUGUCGACUCGAUGGUUUAG